CGGUUGCACAAACUAGGGCCAAAAGUGCAAAUGACCCAAGUCAAUUAGAUUUGGGCCCAAUGUGUUACGCUAGUUAAUUCUUCUUUGGUCAAAUUGACGGCGAAGUUUCUAGGCUUUCCAUUUCCGUAUCUCUUUCUCCGGCGAAUUCCACUUUUAGAACUGGGGAAGAAUGGGCCGCAAAGCUGGCACCUUAUAUAUUAACCCAAGGAACUUUGGAAGUCUCCAAAAACCUUGCGCAAAGGAAAUGGUCACAUUUCUUAAUUGUUUAACUUUAAAUCACAACAAGGAUGAGAAAUGUGGCAGGCAAAAGUCACUUCUCAGUACCUGCAUGGAAGCUCAGAGUGGCAAAAACAGAAAGCCUUGGGGUAGCAUCAAUUAUCACCUUCAGAGGCUUAGCAGGGGAAAGAAGUAAUUUCACUACAUCUGCAUUACUCAAACUGGCAAAUGGUGACAGUUGACAGUUGGGCUAUUUUGAAGUUAGUUACUGAGAUGUUUUUUCCAGUUUCUCGAUGAACAUCAUUUUCCUGACAUCGUCUGUAAUUUUUGAUGAAUAAUUCAGAGUCGAAAAAGAGUCCAGGAACACUACAUUUUUGUCUAUUUCGGGAGCCAUGUUUUGAUGAGUUUUCGAUAGCAGCUCUAUAAAGUCGAUAGCUUACUUUUCUGUUUGCCUUUUAAAUGGGCAAAAACAUGUGUUCGUUAGCAGCUCUAUAAGUCGAUAGCUUACGUUUCUGUUUGCCUUUUAAAAGGGCAAAAACAUGUGUUCGUUAACAGCUCUAUAAGUCGAUAGCUUAUGUUUCUGUUUGCUUUUUAAAAAGGGCAAAAACAUGUGUUCGUAGAAAAGAACUUGUUUGAUUGAGAAGAUAUGUAGCUAUUGUUUUGAUCUU